CUGCGAUUUGAUCGGCGCUCAGUUGAUCAGAGUCACUCGAACGCGCCGCUGCUCAACGAUUCGGAAUUGGCGCGCAAAAUCAAAAAGAAAAUAAAUUCAACUUACAAGUUUUUUUAUAUAGUAUACCCGCUCAAAUAUUUACGCGCUGCAACGGAUUCGCCGUCAAUUCGAAAUGCUCAUGAUGUGAUGUUUGCUGAGAGCUGCGCCAAGUCAGCCGAUCUGCCAUAACAAAAAAAAAACUAAUUCCCGGCGAAAAUGUUCUACUCAAUCUGCUAAUAAAAAGGCCAACACAAAAGUUUAGUUAUAUAGAGGAAAUAGAAACCUGGUUACGUAACUGCUUCGAUAGAUCGACAUGCAUUUUAGCAAUGAAACGGAAAUGAACCAAUGUCCUAAUCCGAAACGCAGAAACCUCGAUCCGUCGGCACCAAAAAACUGUAGUACUUCGUCAACGGACUCGGGAGUGAUACUAAAUGAAAAUGUGGCGACAUUUCGGCCGAAAAAGGAUGGGGAGACCAAAGAUCGGGGGACGAACGAAGGGCAGUCCGAAUCAAAAUCGGAAACGAAAACGGAACCCAAACGCAUCAGCAUCGAGCACACUGUGAAUAUAACAAAUGAAAAGGCCGGGAAGUCAUCUUCGCCGACGGUUUCCAUACGGAGCACCACCAUUUCCAUUGUGUCCAUCGAUGAGAAUGCCGUGGACUCCAGUUGCAUCGAUAGUGAUUCGGAGGCCGAGGCCGAGGAUUAUACGGUCCAGAAGCUGGGUCACCAGGUCACCUACCCGCCCAACAGUUCCCACCUGCGCGACCUCAAUGAGGGUCUAAAGGUGGUAAGCCACCAGGUUGCUCCGGGUCAGUCGGACAUUCCGCCGCCACUGCAAGCCGGUGUUGUGGCCAAGCAGAUCCUGAACGGAAGCCUCGCAGUGGCCACGCCCACUUCUCCGCCGGGCGGAACGACCCAGGGCAUCGGGAGCAUCGCACUCACAAACUCCACUGACGUGACCUUCGGUGAUAAGCACUUCUACGAGGGACCCGUCACGAUACAACAGUUUCUCAUCGACAACCGGGACAAGUGGAAAGCGGGCGAAGGACCAGGCGGUGGGCAGGAUAAUCCCGCCUUUAAUGGCGGGGCAACCACAAAUGGCACUGCGCCGGGCUCAAAGCUGGAGGACCCGGUAGCUCCACCCAUCUGUCCCUUUCUUCCUACCUCAAUUGGUCGAAGGGCUCUCAUAGCAACAGUGGCUUUUGCGUGUUUAACCAUCCUGCUGUUCGUAAUUUUGGCGACCACCACAAACCUUUUUGGGAAAACGUUGAACCAAAGUAAGCUCGGCGAUGUCGACGAUUCCAGACAAAAUAUUCCAAUCAAUUCAACAAUAGAUCAGGACAAUAUUGGCGGCGGCUUGAUACUGAGGUUCGUGGAGCGUCAGCAAUGGCUCGCCCAGCCGCCGCAAAAGAAGAUUCCCGAUCUGGAGCAGCCCGUAAAGUUGGUAAUAGUCCUGCCAACAAACUCGGAUGAUUGCAGCACGCAGGCGCAAUGCGUUUUUCGGGUUCGCCUGCGACAGUCGUUCGAUAUCGAGUCCGUGCAGGAGGACGAUAUAGUCUUUAACUUCCUGAUCGGCGGCGAUGGCAAUGUGUACGUGGGACGCGGAUGGGAUCAAGUGGGCGCCCACAUGGCUGGCUACAACUCAAGAAGUCUUAGCCUGGCCUACAUUGGUUCAUUUCAAACGCGCAAGCCGUCGGACAAACAGCUCAGCGUGACUCGACUUUUAUUGGAGCGCGGCGUUAAGUUGGGGAAAAUUGCGCCAAAUUAUCGACUCACAGCGGCCAGUAAAUUGGAGCCCAGUCUUACGCAAUACAAAGCGGAUGUCCUCUACCAAAGCUUUGGCAACUGGACGCAUUGGUCGUGAAUAGUUUUAUGAACAUUGAUUUAAGGAAAUUAUUGUCAGUUUCGUAUUGAUAUUGUAGCAUAUAUAGGUGUUCUCUCUUAAUUCUGUGGCAUAUUCGCGUUAGCUAGAAUUACUAUUCGUUUGGAAAAAAGAAUGUGAUAUUAAAUAAAGCAAAAUGAUUAUUA